AUGGGGCUGGGAACGGAGCAGAGGACGCACCUCAUAGAGAAAACAGAAGAGGAAAAUCGAACGAUCAUGAAAGAAUUCAUCCUCCUGGGAUUCGGGAAUCUCCCUGUACUGCAGCUGCUUCUCUUCCUGGUUUUCCUGGUGAUCUACAUUGUGACCAUGUCUGGGAACAUCCUCAUCAUUGCGCUAGUUGUCACUGAUCAGCACCUUCACACCCCCAUGUACUUCUUCCUAGGGAACUUGUCCUGCUUGGAGACUUGCUACAUCUCAACCAUCCUGCCCAGGUUACUGGCCAGUCUCCUGACUGGAGACAGAACCAUUUCUGUCAGUGGCUGUUUUGCACAGUUUUAUUGCUUUGGUUCUCUGGCAACUACAGAAUGUUAUCUCCUAGCAGCAAUGUCUUAUGAUCGGUAUUUAGCGAUAUGUAAACCCCUGCGUUAUGCAGCCCUGAUGAAUGGCAGGUUGUGCCUCCAGCUAGCAGCGGGGUCUUGGAUAAGCGGAUUUCUAACUUGUGUAAUAAUGAUGUGUUUUAUGUCACAAUUAACAUUCUGUGGCCCCAAUGAAAUUUACCAUUUCUUUUGUGAUUUUUAUCCAAUGCUAAAACUCUCCUGCAGUGACACCAGCAUGAUCACACUGGUUAGUUUCAUAGUCACCUCUCUAGACCUGCCUUGCCCAUUUCUAGUAACUGUGACAUCCUAUGUUUGUAUGAUUGCUGCUACGCUGAGAAUCCCUUCCACUACCGGGAGGCAAAAGGCCUUUUCCACCUGCUCCUCUCACCUCAUUGUGAUUACAGUUUUCUAUGGGACCCUAAUGACUGUGUAUCUGCUACCAAAAACCAAUACACUGAAAGCCCUGAACAAAGUGUUUGUCUUCUACACAGUCCUGACUCCCAUGCUCAACCCCCUCAUCUACAGCCUGCGAAACAAAGAGGUGAAGGAGGCCCUGAGAAACAUCAUCCGUUAA